AGAGAGAGAGAGAGAGAGAGAGAGAGAGAGAGAGGAAAUGUACUUGCGUGAUUUGUUGUCACACACACACCGCCAGUGUUUCACACUGAGCCCAACUUUACUUUUCCUCCUCUCACCUCCAACCACUGUAAUGCUGAAGACGUAGGCCAGGUGUGUGUGUGUAUGUGUGUGAGAGAGUGUGUACAGACAUGCAGGAAUGGAUGCAGACAGUAACAGUUCGGUACGCACGGUGUCGACAGGUAACCAGCGUUAACUGAAGAAACCGGGGCUACACCUUCACCGUGCGUUUGUCACUUCCUCCGGUCGAAGCUUCCCACCCUCCAGUCGGCUUUUCUCGUCGGGUUUACCCGCUCCUUCUGUCCUCACCGCCGGACUCCACUGCAGUGUUUACCUCGGCAGAAGAAAUGUCGGAGGAAAAAACGGACAUUCCCAACGAACUGUUCGAGAGUGUGCGGGAGGCGGUGGGUCGGAGGGUGAAGCUGACCCUGAGGCGCAAAGUCCAGCUGGAGGUCAAAGGUGACAAGGUGGAGAACAGAGUGCUGGCCUUGGCAUCACAUCGAGCCUAUCUGCUGACAGCCCGGGUCCCAUCCAAGGUCGAACAGUCCUUCAGCUACCUGGAUAUCCAGGGAUUCAGCAGCAACAAGCCCACUCAGUUGGUGAUAGAGCAUGAGCGCGGUCCGUGCAGCCUCCGGCUGGGCUCGGUGGAGGAGGUGGACGAGGUGAUCGCUCACAUUGGCAGCUGUCUGCACAGAAUCUGUCCCACGGGCUCACCUGUAAAGGUGAUGAAGAAGUUGAGUUUGAAGCCUCCAGAGAGGACGGCCGCCCUUCAGGCCGUCUGGGACGAGCAGGGCUCGACUGAUCUGGGACCCUGUGGGGGUUUCUCUCAUCAGUACUGGUGUGUGUGUGAUCACCUGGGUCUGCCGUACAGAGAGGAGGUCCAGUGGGACGUGGACACCAUCUAUCUCACUCAGGACACCAGAGAGCUCAACCUGCAGGACUUUAUUCACCUGGAAAACAGGGAUUUGGUGGCGAUCAUCGCAGCUCUGGAGUACAACCAGUGGUUCACCAAACUCUCCACCAAAGAUUACAAACUGUCGACAGAUGUGUGUGAUCAGAUCCUCAGAGUGCUGGCUCGGUCCAGCCGGCUGGAGGAGCUGGUGCUGGACAACGCCGGACUCAAAAGUGAUUUUGCUCAGAAGCUGGCCAACGCUCUGUCACAGAACCCCGCCUCCACGCUACACACACUCAACCUGAGCAACAACUCACUGGAAGACAAAGGUGCAGCUGCUCUGAGCGCUCAACUCGCCAAACUGCCCAUGGGCCUGAAGCACCUGAACCUCUGCAAGACGUCCAUGUCUCCUAAAGGUGUGAACAGCCUCUGUCAGGCUCUCUGUGCCAACCCAGCUGUCGCCUCCACCCUCACACACCUCGACCUGUCGGGAAACUCGCUCAGAGGCGAUGACCUGCCGAACUUGCACAACUUCCUGAGUCAUUCAAACUGUCUGGAGACUCUGGAUCUGUCCAACAGUGACUGCUCACUGGAGCAGGUGUGUGCGUCUCUGCUUAGAGGAUCUCUGAAGCAUCUUUCUGUCCUCAACAUGUCAAAGACCGUCUUCUCUCACAGGAAGUGUAAAGAAGUCCCUUCAUCCUUCAAGCAGUUCUUCAGCUGUGCUCAGGCUCUGAGAUCAGUCAGUCUGUCAGGAACCAGGCUGCCUCUGGAGGCUCUGAAGGCUUUGUUGUUGGGCCUCGGCUGUAACCCAAACCUCAGUGACGUGUCUCUGGAUCUCAGCUGCUGUGAGCUGCGUUCGGGAGGCUCUCAGAUCCUGGAGGGCUGCAUCGCUGAGAUCCCCAACAUCUCCAGUCUGGACAUUUCUGACAACAGUCUGGACAUGGAUCUCACCACUCUGCUGGUCUGGCUGGCCAAGAACCGCUCCAUCAGACACCUUUCACUGGGCAAAAACUUCAACAACAUCAAGUCCAAAAAUGUGGCCCCAGUCCUGGACAACCUGGUUCACAUGAUUCAAGAGGAGGAAUCACCGCUGACCUCGCUGUCCCUGGCUGAUUCCAAGCUGAAAGCCGAGCUCUCCAUCGUCCUCAACGCUCUGGGCAGUAACACCUCUCUCACCAAACUGGACAUCAGUGGAAACUCUAUGGGAGACAUGGGGGCAAAGAUGCUGGCCAAAGCCCUGCAGAUCAACACCAAACUCAGGACAGUAGUAUGGGACAGAAACAACACCAGCCCUCAGGGUCUACAGGACGUUGCUGCCGCUCUGGAAAAGAACUACACCAUCCGUUUCAUGCCUGUUCCCAUCAUGGAUGCUGCUCAGGCACUGAAGGCGAACCCAGAGAAAACAGAGGACGCCUUACUAAAGAUGGAGCAGUACCUGCUAAGGAACCAUGAGACACGUAAAUACCUGCAGGAGCAGGCGUACAGACUCCAGCAGGGAAUAGUCACCACCACCACGCAACAGAUGAUGGACAUGAUGUGCGUGAAGGUGCAGGAUCACCUGAACUCUCUGAGGUUCUCAGAGACCAACUCGGUUCAGGAGGACAUGAAGGCGGCAGAGAACCUCAUGAAGGACGCCAGGAACUCCAAGACACUGCUCCCCAAUCUGUACCACCUGAGGAGUGGGGGGGCCCGGGGUGCUUGUGUUGGAGCCAUUCAGGACAAACUGGAGUCCAUGGCUGGAGAGGUGGCCAGGGUGAUGGACGAACAGCUGCAGACAAUGCUGGUGUCCAUGGUGGACGCUGCUGAGGGUCUGUGUCCUCAUGUGAUGAAGAGGAGCGGCCUCCGUCAGGAGCUGCUGAAGGCUGGAGCAGGGAGGAUGACUAUUCCCCGCAGCUUCGUCACCACCACGCUGCUGGAGCAGUCCGGGGUCGACAUCAUCAACAAGAUCAGUGAGGUGAAGCUCAGCAUGGCAUCAUUUCUGUCAGAUCGCCUUGUGGAUGAGAUCUUGGAGUCUCUGUCCAGAUCACAGCACACUCUGGCUGACCACCUCAUCAGGAAGGGUCAACCUCUGCUGCACCAGGAGCCUCAGAUGGAGACAGAGGUCCUGGAUGAGAUGGUUCUGGAACCAGAGAAUCACGACCAGGAGCCGAGACAAAGCCGUGACCCGGACCGGAAACACGAGCUGCAGGAUAUGGACACCUGCAUGAUGACGCCUAAAUCGAAGAGGAAGAGUAUUCUGGUCAGGAUGCUGCGUCCUGUCUCCGUUGCAUUCGAGAUGGAGUUUGACUUGGACAAAGCUCUGGAGGAGGUUCCCAUCCAUGUUGAGGACCCCCCUCCUCCUCUUCCUCCUUCACAGCCAUCAGACAGAAUGACAACCAGCUAUGGAGACCUCCCUCCUCCCCCAGCUUCUCCGGACACAAAGUCCGUCUGUCUGGGCGAGCUGCCGCCUGUGGACCACAAGACACUGGAGCAUCGCACCAAACAACGACCAAAACCCAAGAAGAGGACAAAGCCCAGCCGACCACAUCGGGAGGCAGCCAGCAGUUCAGCACCGCAAGAGGCAGAGCAGAACAGCACCAUGGGAAAGUUGGACGAGGGCCUGGAUGACUUUUUCUCCAAGAAAGUCAUCAAACUCAGUUUCAAACUUCCUUCUGUCAGAGGUUCAGCCCCAAACACUCAGGAAGCAGCAGAUAAGAAACGUGAGUCCAGAAAAAGCGGUUUCUUUAACCUCAUCAAAUCUCGGACAUCCCGCUCAGAGAAGAGCCAUGGAGCUGCCGCCAUCACUCCACCACACCCCGCCUCCUCCAACAGCGCUACACCCUCUUCUUCUGUCAGCCCGGUGACUGAGGAGGUGCCGCCGACAUCCCCCACACUCCCCACACCACCCGUGAAAAAUGCCGCCUCUGUGGUGGAGCCCCAUCAGGAGCAAAGGGCUCAGUCCUCCAACCACACAGAUUCUGAGGUGGAGGCCUGUCCGACCACUGUGGAGGAGGAGAAAGAGGAGAGUGUGGAGAAGAAGGAGAAUGUGGAGAAGAAGGACCACCCCCACAUACCCCGCCAUAUUGGGGUUCCUGUGAUGGGAAUGGACCUGCUGGCUGAGAUGAAGGCCAGACAGGAGAGAAUGGCCGUAAAGAAGUCUGAGUCGUCGUCCGUGCUGGACAAGGUGGACGGUGACAAAGCCAAGUCAGACAUCCAACCUGCUGUCCCAGCAGACACUGAUGAGUCCAGACCGGAGCCAAUUCCCAGGUCCAAGCCACCGAGCAUCACCCCCAAGCCAUCUCCAUCCCAGGCCCCCAAAGUUCCACUGGGGCCCUCUGGACCCACCAGUCCAACCAGUCCCAGGCCAAGCAGCACCGUCAUUCAUGAUGACUCUGCUGAGGCUCCGGCAGCCAGCUCCUCCUCUAAAGCACCACUUCCUGCUCCUCGCCUGAAGAGGGCGCCAUCAGAGCAGGAGCGAGAGAGCACCAGCAGCAACCCUGCAGGACCCCUGUCUCCACUGGAUGUUGAGUUUGGAGACGGUGGCGAUGCGUUCGACCCGCCCACUGCUGGUGCAGAGCCCGGUGUCGGCGGCAGACAGUGGUCAUCUCUGAAGAGCUCAGCCAGUCCUCCUACUGUCAGAGAGGAGGACCGAGAGCGCGCCAAGUCCCUCCCCACUUAUGUGAGGCCUCCAUCUCUGGCAGACACUGAUCUCAGUCCAGCUGAGGAGGAGGUUCAAACUCCAGCUGCUGAUCUCAAAUCUGACAAUAAAUCAGGCGAAGAGUCUGGUGAUGACACUCCUUCAGUCUGAUGCGAACAAGAUGUUUAUGGUCUUCUUCAACUGUGAGGACAAUCACAUACUGUACAGACAGUGGACAGUAAUUGAUAAGAAGUCAUUUUAUGUAUUUCUUUUACAAUUCCUGAUGAGGCACAUGUAAGCCGGAGGGACACUGUAAAGUUUUUUUGCAAGCGUCAUGUUGUUAUCAGUGGAGUUUCCUGACCUUGGAUCAGUCCAGAUGUCUGGCUAAAUGGACACCAAAACAUUUCCAUUACCGUCUCUGUCAACAGCUCUAAUAGGACCGUAAAGAGGCGAGCAGAUGGGUCUCAUCUGCUGCAGAGACAAUCUGUUGUUGCUUAGAAAACCAGGUCCAGCUAUUAAAAGCUCAGUUAGUCUAAAGCACUGAUAAGAGUGAGUCUGAGUGGGUCCAGAGUGAAGCAGUUUGGUUUUACUGUAUUUACAUUUUGCAGGUAAACUGUGAGUGUAAGUCAGUGAACAGGUCACCUGGAGAUAUGACUCAAACUUUAAAGAAAUCCCAAACAUGUUUUUAUCCUGCAAACAUUCACUCCUCAUCUUAGAACAGCAGACUCUUCUGCUAUAGCCAAAGUUAAGAUCUUUUAUUUUUGAUAUCUCAAAGGUCAAACUGAAACAGAUGGGUCAGAUCACAAGUUCUACUCAGCAGUCAUUCACCUGUCUUUGAGUCGUGUUUGGAAGUCAUAAAAUGGGAAUGUCUUCCAUCGCUGUGUGAAAACUCUCAGCGAGUGGAGACCAAGAACAGCUGAGUGACCUUAAAGUAUUUCCUUUGUUGCUCCGCCCACUGAGGUUUCACUCAUCCAAAUGAUUUCUGUCUAAACCUAGACUUUAGAUUUUAGGACUUAACUCAGUAUCUUUAAAAAGAUCCUUUGUGAGAAGGUCAGUAGUUAAAAUUCAGAUUCAUAUUUAACUUACUCUGCUAUCGACACUGCUGCUGUAUGCUCACAUAUCAUGCCUUAUUACAUACUGAUCCCUGUUAAUCAUGUACUGCUGCACUUACAAACGUAUUAUGUAUCAAUGUAAAUAUGUACUAACGUGUGUUUAAGGUUCUGUUUAUAGAAUAAAUGGGGUUUAAUCAGAGUUAAAUUCAGAAACUCUGGGGUUUAUAUUGUACUAUGAGCAGAAAAUCAGAUUUUUUUUAUCAAUGAAACAUGCUGUUGAAUCUGCAUGGAUUUUCAUCUGGGAUUCUUGGUGAUGGUUUUCAUUUUAUUGGGAAAAUAUUUUUACAUUUUUUUGUGCUUUUUAAAAUAUUUUCAAUUAAAUAAUGUGUGUUAUUGUUUAUAUGUCAGUGGACUUACAGGCCUGGAAAUAUGUCAGAUAUUUCUGUAUUUGUAUGUUUAUACCAAUAAACACUGUUUUACUGGU